UUAAAGGAGCAGGGAGCCGUUGAGGGAGCGUCAUCAGCCUCGUUCAGCAGGGGAGGAAGUCACAGAUCACCGAGCUUAACAUCAGCACAUCAGCACAUCUGGACACGGAGACAUGGCGUCAAACAACGGCUCCGUCGGCAAAUGGGAGGUGGUGAAGAAAGGGAAGAAGAACAACAGCGCGGCAGGAGCGAAGAACCCGAGCGAGAAGAAAGCCGGCAGCGGGGGACGGAAAGCUCUGGGAGAGUCCAACCUGCCGUCCAGACCGCCCCUGAAGAUGUCAGAGACCCUGUAUGACGGCUUUGAGAAGAUGGGAAAGAAACAGAACAAGGAGCAGGUUCCUCCACCAGCAGAACCUGAAAAUAAGAAGCCCUCAUCAAGUAAACCAUCCAAGAAAGCACACUCCAGCAAUACAGUCGCCCCCGCAACUCACAAGACCCUCGAGGAAGCCUUCAAAGCGUUGGAUGUUGGGGACCUGAAGCAGCAGUUGGCCCGCAGUCAGACCCUGUUUCCAGAAAAUCCCUCAGUGUGGGUCAAAGACCUGGCAGGAUACCUCAACCUCAAUCUGACUGCGCCAGAGACUGAGCCCACACUCAGCAGCUAUGCUCACGAUUACCCGUACUGCCUUAUAGGGAAAGAGCUGAAGGGCGUGAUCAAAGGCCUCAUUGGACGUUGCAGUGACUUUCUGCCAGAUCUCCUCGACCACUGUGUUUAUACGAUGCUCAGGGAGCUGGACAGACAGUCAGGAGAACCUCUGCAUGGCUACAGAGUUUGCAUUCAGGCAAUCCUACAGGACAAACCCAAAAUAGCCACCCAAAACCUGCCAGAGUAUUUGGAGUUAUUGCGGUCAGUCCAGAAUCGUCCGGUGAAGUGUUUGACCAUCAUGUGGGCUCUUGGCCAAGCAGGAUUUCAUGACCUCAGCCAGGGACUAAGAGUGUGGCUAGGUAUCAUGCUUCCUGUGCUGGGAGUGAAGUCCUUGUCUUCAUAUGCCAUUGCAUAUCUGGAGAGACUUCUCUUACUUCAUGCAAACCUGACAAAGGGAUUUGGCAUCAUGGGUCCUAAAGAGUUCUUUCCUUUAUUGGAUUUUGCCUUCAUGCCUAAGAAUGCCCUGUCAUCAAGUCUGCAGGAGCAGCUGAGGCGUCUGUACCCUCGACUGAAGGUCCUUGCAUUUGGAGCCAAACCCGAGAGCACAUUACACACAUACCUGCCAUCAUUUCUGUCCAGAGCCACACCACACUGUCCAGAUGACAUGAAGAGAGAGCUGCUCAGCAGUAUGACAGAGUGUUUGUGUGUGGAUGUACAGAGUCUAGGAGUGUGGAGGCAGCUCUAUACCAAACACUUACCCCAGUCCAGUUUGCUGUUGAACCAUUUAUUCAAGUCCUGGAAUAUCCUGCCACCAAAGCUCCGGAAGAACCUUGAAGAAACAAUCCAGUCUUUCAGGGUGACGAAUGAGGAGAUGAGAGACACUGUUGAAUCUCAGGACCUUCAGGAGUGCAAUAACCUGUGCCAGAAUUUGCAGGUGAAGAUGCGUGGCCGCGGGUUCCCCUGGUCCAAACUGCUCAUGGUUCUGCUCGUGUUUGCUGCUGGCUUCAUCGCUCAUGACAUCAGAUCCCAAGGCUCCUUCGCAGAUUCCACCACAGCCAGGCAUCUUCGCAACUCAGGGGUCACAGCGGUAUCUCAGCAGGCCUGGAGCAAAAUAACAGUCUACACCAAACAAGGCUUCAGCUGGUUGGAGACAAACACUCCUCAUUAUUACUCUGAGUGUGUGCGGGUUGUGGGGCCACUAAUGGAACAAGGCAUGGAAAAGGCAAAAACAGCAGCCAUCUUCAUCUCUGAAAACACCACGCAGUUUAUUCUCUGGGUCAAAGAAAAGACACCUCAGGCCAUAGAAUGGGUGAACACCAACACUCCCGACAGCGUGUUCCAGGUGUUGGCGUAUUUAAAGGAGCUUCUACUCUCCCUCCAUCAGAACUACAUCCGGCCAGCGUUAGCGUACAUAUCUGACCUAUUACAACGAGCAUGGACCAACCUACAGGACUCCUGCAACGGCGAGGUGUCAGUAUCGUGUCUGCAGGGCCACGCUUUGUCCUUCACCAAUUCAACGUGGCAGCUGCUCCAACACACAACCUCGGCCAUCAAGACGUGGGCUCAGGAGCUGCUGACGCGAGCAUGAUAACAUCACAGAUGCUGACUAAUUUACAAACACAAUAUACACACAUGGAGUUGAUUUACACACACACACUGACCCAAUCUAUGGCUGCCUUUCAGUGCGUCGGCUCCCCUCUCAAGCCGUGAUUGGACACUUUGGGGUCAGACAAACAAACUCUAACUCAAAAAGGACCCGUCUAUCUCUUGUUUUGGCUAAAUUUUGAAAUCAGUUUGCUGUUGUAUAGAUGUUUUUUUUUUUUCUACCAAUCCUUUUGUCACUGCUGGAUGCAGAGGUCAUUUCUCUCUCUCUAUCCCUGAGUUUUCUACUGCAAAUUUCAGCUGUUGCUUUAACCGUUUGGGUUAAACAAAUUGUGUAAUUUAUAGAAAAUGUGGGUUUGUAGAUGAUUUAUAAACCAUUUUUAUUUAAAGAUUAUAUAUAGAAAAAAAGUGUUAAAAAACUUGGUAACAGGCAGGGAAAAGGCCAAAAAAAAACAUAUUCCAGACUUCUUCAAGCCACUGAAGCUAACUUCUGAAGGCUACUUCAUCUCCUAGUCUUGGUCCAGUCGACUAUGAGGGUCGGAUCAGUUGCAGAAUGGUCGAGUGUGUCAGACUCAGUAAACCUGUCCAGUGGGCAGCUCACAAUGCAAAGCCUUCAAACAGAAAGAUAUUGCGGGGAAAGGGUCACAUCUGCCGGUGGAUUGACUUCUUCAGAAGAUUUGGAGUGGACAGAAUAACCCCGAAACAGAACACGAGGAGUCUCACAUCGGUCUAAAAAGGUCCAGAACCAGAAGAAAUGUACUUGCUGCCUGUCCUGCUCAUCUUUUUGUCUCAUCUUUGCUGCUUCAUCCGUCUGCUGUUUCUCGUGCUUUUUCAUUUGCCAUCCUUGGCUCAACGCCUGAGCUAAAAGCAGCAAUGCAGUUGUGUACUCAUACUUGAAGGCUGAUGACGUUCUGUGUGUGUGCGUGUGUGUUCCCGUGUGGAUCAACAAGCUUAUUCUCAAUAAUGAGAUCACAAUUAACCCUGUGCCAACAUCCUCCUGUACGCUGAAAUAUGACUAAAAAUAAACCCCCUCCUCUGGGCAAGGAAACUCCUUCUGACCAGCUGAUUCACUAAGCCCUCCUUGUGGAUGGUUGUUUGGAUGGAUAUGGAAAUGACUAAUGUCUUACUUUGUAAUGUAAAUGAUUUAUAAUAAAGACUUCAACCCCA